GGUUUUCCUUUGAUAAUAGGGGACCCGAAGCUCUAGGGAAGCUGCAUUCACCGUAUUUGGCCCUUCAAGGUGCUCGUCCUGCUCCAAGUCAUCCUUACCCAUCUGCAGGAGUCCAUAGGUCCACGGAAUCUCAUCCGAGUUGGGAUGAUGAGCAGAGAUCCUUUUUCAAAAAUUAUGAUACCCAGGCUCAAGAAAGGCCAUCUGCCGUCACAUCAUUUGUUGUUUCUCGUAAUUCUGGAACUAGUGUUACGGCCAAGAUUGCCAGAUUCCAAGACACAAAAGGGGCCAGAUCUCCUCCCUUUAUGUCUAAUGAUGAAAAUAUAAGAUAUUCCACUCAAGGUGUCCCUAGGAGUCACUUAGUUACUCCAAGAAUACGAUCGCCUCCCUUGGUCUCUUAUGAGGAUUUGCAUCCUUUUGUUGGAGUAGAAGGGCGUGCAUUUUCCUCCUCUGGAAUGGAAAAUCAGCCAAAGUUGCUAGAAGAUCAUGCUGAGUUGCAGGCUCAUCAGGGACCUUCUCUAGUAUCACAUUUUGAGGGCUCUUAUGCGUCUGGUAGAAAUUUUCCUGUCAAACAUGACGGUGUUCAAGUCCCAAAACGAACAAGGCCUUCUGUGUCACCUGUUAUGUUGAAUAAUGGAUCAAAUGCCAGUUUUAGUACUUGUGAUUCUCGGGUACAUCAAAGAUCUUUGGACUCUCCAAGCAAUACUAUUUCGGAAGCUGCUGCAAGCAAUUUGACGAGCAUCCCGGUUGCCAAAAGAACGAGGUCACCUCCUCUACUUCCUGAGGAUCAAGUCUUUAACGGGAACUCUUAUGCCACUGAAGAUGGUACUGAACGAGAAAUGCAAGCCAAGGCAAAGCGGUUAGCCCGGUUCAGGGUUGAAUUAACAAAAACUCUUCCAAACAAUCCUGACAUUGUAGAGCAGGGGGUUUCUACUGAAAUGGCUAUGGAUGGUACUGAUGGCAAUGCUUUAUUGGAGUAUGAAGGUGUGGAAUUGUCUGGUGUCAUCAUUGGGUUAUGCCCAGAUAUGUGUCCAGAGUCAGAAAGGGCAGAACGAGAAAGGAAAGGGGACCUUGAUCAGUAUGAGCGCUUGGAUGGGGAUAGAAAUCAAACAAGCAUAUCCCUUGCAGUUAAAAAGUAUAACAGAACAGCCGAGCGAGAUGCAAACUUGAUAAGACCGAUGCCGAUCCUGCAGAAGACAAUUGAUUAUUUGCUCAAUUUGCUCGAUCAGCCUUACAAUGAUAGGUUUCUUAGCAUAUAUAACUUCUUAUGGGAUAGGAUGCGAGCAAUCCGAAUGGAUUUGAGAAUGCAACACAUUUUUAACCAAGAGGCUAUUACUAUGCUGGAGCAAAUGAUAAGACUUCAUAUAAUUGCCAUGCAUGAAUUAUGCGAAUACUCAAGAGGAGAGGGCUUUGCGGAGGGGUUUGACACACACCUCAAUAUUGAACAGAUGAAUAAAACAUCUGUUGAAUUGUUCCAAUUGUAUGAUGAUCACAGAAAGAAAGGAAUAAACAUUCCUACGGAAAAAGAAUUUCGAGGUUACUAUGCCCUUCUCAAGCUGGACAAACAUCCUGGGUAUAUGGUUGAACCUGCAGAGCUCUCCCUUGAUCUUGCAAAGAUGACCCCAGACAUAAGACAAACUUCAGAGGUUCUAUUUGCACGUGAUGUAGCAAGAGCUUGCAGAACUGGUAAUUUUAUUGCCUUCUUUCGACUUGCGAGGAAAGCAAGUUACCUCCAAGCAUGCCUAAUGCAUGCUCACUUCUCAAAGUUACGAAGCCAGGCACUUGCUUCUGUGCAUGCAGGUCUCCAAAAUAAUCAAGGGAUCCCUGUUUCCGAUAUUGCCAAGUGGCUAGCAUUGGAGGAAGAGGAAAUUGAAAGCCUUUCAGAGUAUCACGGGUUUGUAAUAAAGUCAUUUCGAGAGCCAUAUAUGGUGAAGGAGGGCCCAUUUCUCAAUAGUGAUGAGGACUAUCCUACCAAGUGUUCUAAGCUUGUUGAUAUGAAAAAGUCAAGAAGGAUAAUCAAGGAUCUUUUAACUUCUACUCAACUCAUAUCCUUGUCUACUGAAGCAACAAAUGAGAUUCAGCUUAUUAAGAAAAAUAAGCCUGAACCAAAAACUGUUUCAUAUGCUGAAAGGAAAAGUCCUGUCCAUGAAGUCCCAGCCGUUGAAGUAAUAAAAUCCUUCCAUGAAGUUGAUGAAGAAAUGCCUAAUUUUGAAGCUGUUUCAUCCCCAAAAGAUGUCAGACAAAAGCAGCAAAUGAUUCAAAUACCUAUUUUUUCAUCUCCAGAGGUUUACAGACAAAAGCAGCAAACAAUUCAAACACCAAUUCUUGGUCAAUACACUGAACAUCCCCAACAGGUGGCCGCUGUCUCUCCUUCCCCAUUGGCUUUCUCAUCAUUUAAACCCCAGCCUGAUAAAGUUGGUACAAUGGAGAAGCCAAACUAUGAUGCUCUUUUCAGUAACUCUCCAGAGAAAAGCAUGCAUUCUGGCAUGGAAGGAAUGCCAUUGCAUAUUGAGUCAAAAACAGCUCUGCAAGACAGAUCUCCAGUUGAUACAUAUAGUUAUGGUGUGGAACAUCCAAUCAGAAAAAUUGUGGUCAUUAAUAAGGUGGAAGAUGAGGAACCUCCAGAUCUUGAUCAGGAAGAAGAAAAUAUUGAUGAUAUGGCAACUGAUCAACAUGAAGAAAUUGCUGAGGCGAAACUCAAGUUGAUACUAAGGUUAUGGAAGCGGCGUUCUUUGAAGCUAAGGGAACUGCGAGAGCAAAAGCAGUUAGCAGCAAACGCUGCAUUGAAUUCUUUAUCAUUGGGGCCACCAGUUCAACUCAAGAUAGACCAACCGAGCACAUCUGGUGAGUUUGACAUUGAUCUCAUUUUGAGGGAGAGAUAUAAAAAGCAAGGAAAAUCAUGGUCAAGACUUAAUGUUUCAGAUGUAAUAGCGGAUAUACUAGGGAGUAGAAACCCCGAUGCUAGAUGCCUCUGUUGGAAAACUGUUGUAUGUUCCCAGAUGAACAGUCUAGAAGGUGAACUGGGACAGAGGAGCCAUGUCUUGGGAGCAGGCCCAUGGUUGCUUUCAAAGCUCAUGCCUUUGGAAAAUGAUGUGGACGAUGAUGAUAAUGAUCUCGUAAUUUCAUCUCCUGGUGUGUCAGUAUGGAAGAAAUGGAUUCCUGGCCAACCUGGUUCAGAUCUGACCUGCUAUUUGUCUGUGGUUAAGGAUGCAAAUUUUGAUAAUCUAAUUGAAACUGUAUCUGGUGCAAGUGCUAUUUUGUUCCUUACAUCUGAAAGCAUCCCUUGGAAAUUGCAAAAAGUCCAGCUCCAUAACCUUCUGAUGUCAAUACCUUAUGGUUCCUGCUUGCCCCUUCUGAUCUUAAGUGGGUCAUACAACGACAUUGCAGAUCCUUCUUCCACAGUUGUUGAUAAUUUGGGUCUCCAUGACUUGGAUAAGUCACGAAUAAGCAGCUUUCUAGUUGUUCCCCUUGUUGAAAACCAGCAAACGGAACAAGUGGAUGGGUUUUUCAGUGACAGCCGACUGAGGGAGGGGCUCAGAUGGCUUGCAAGUGAAUCACCUCUUCAGCCCAUUCUUCAUCAUGUAAAAACACGUGAACUCAUUCUUAGCCACUUGAAUUCUUCGUUGGAUUCACUAGACAAAAUGAAAGAUUAUGAAGUAGGUCCAGACAACUGUAUCCUUGCCUUCAAUGAAGCCUUGGGUCGGUCACAGAAGGAAAUUGCUGCUGCUGUCCGGGAAAAUCCUUGCAGUUGGCCUUUCCCUGAGAUUGCUUUACUCGAGGAGUGUAGUGAUGAGUACAGGGUUGUGAAGUGGUACUUGCCAAGCAUAGGAUGGAGCGCAGUGCAAAAAGUUGAACCAUUGAUUUCAGCUCUAGGUGAUUCUAAGCUUCCAGAUUUUCCUGACAAUAUUUCGUGGUUGCCCAGAUGUAAUGCUGGAGAGGAGAUUGAAAACCUGAGAAUUGAACUUGAAAAUGGCUUAAUCGAAUACCUGACACAUUCAAGUAAGAUGAUGGGGCUUGCACUUGCUAUGAAAGAGGCACAUGUAAUGUUGCAAAGAAGUUGUCGACUUGAGCGCGAUGACUCGUGCUGCUACAUUGUUCCGAAGUGGGUUAUGAUUUUCAGACGAAUCUUCAACUGGCAGUUAAUGGGUUUAGCCAGUGGGACCUUUUCAUCAGCUUAUAUCUUGGACUGUCCUCAUCUUAACACAGCUUUUGGAAACCUCGGUAAGAUGGGGCUUGAAGAUAGCGGACCUUCACCUUAUUAUCUUGAUCAGCCAUCUCUGGAUGAAGUCAUUGCAGCUAGCUAUAGCCCUCUUUUGUCCCAUAGAAAUCAGGCCUUGCUAGAAGCUGAUCGAACUCUUCCUGAAACAUCUCCCAAUGGUGAAAUUCAUGAGACCCCUAACACAAAUGACUUGAUGGAGAUGGAGGAUGAAAGACGUUUAAUGCAUGAUGAUCAAGCAAUGAUAGACGAUGCAUCUCGCGUAAAUGGGACACUAGAGAAUGCUGGCAGAGAUAUAGUGAUGGCUGGAGAAGUAACAAAGGGAGCUGAAAAAUUAAGCAUGUUGUUAGAACAGUGUAACAUAUUACAGAAUGUGAUAGACGAGAAGCUGUCCAUUUAUUUCUGAUCUGCUAAUAAUUUUGUACUAGUAAUUUUUUUUCGUAAGAAUUUUGUACAAUUGUAACAACAGAAAUUUGAAGUAAAAGCUGCCUUGCAUC